AUGAUGGCUAUCACUGCAUUCCCAUUACAAAACGGUGUCGUGGCUUUACUCCUCCUUUCUUUGUAUUUUGCCAAUGGAGAUAUAAGCUAUUCUUUUCCGGAGGAGGUGAGACGCGGAUCCGUGAUCGGAAAUAUCGCCAAAGACCUGGGCCUUGAUGCAAACAGACUAUCCUUUCGGAAGGCCCGCAUUGAUACCGAUGGGAGCGCCAAACUUUAUUGUGACAUAAACCUAACGAACGGGGAUCUGACUGUAGCCGAGAGGAUUGACAGAGAGGGCCUUUGUGGAGACAAAGCAUCCUGCGUGUUAAAACAGGAACUGAUGUUAGAGAAUCCAUUAGAGUUGCAUCGAAUUAACCUUCAUGUCCAGGACAUAAAUGAUAACUCUCCACAAUUUAAUAAAGAUCUGAUUCAUAUAGAUAUUAGUGAAUCAGCGGCAAAAGGUGCUCGUUUUCCAAUAGAAGAAGCACAUGAUGCGGACAUAGGCAAAUAUUCAGUUCAGACGUACAACCUGCAGCAGAAUGAGAAUUUUAUUUUGGGCGUUGGAACAAAUUCUGUGGAACUCGUCCUUAACAAAGAGCUUGACCGUGAAACUUUAAAGGAAAUUAAUCUGCUUCUUACAGCUGUGGAUGGUGGUUCCCCUCAAAAGUCAGGUAUUGUGGUCAUUCACAUCACUGUACUGGAUGCUAAUGAUAACGUCCCAGUGUUCGACCAGGCUGUUUAUAAAACCAGUCUGCCUGAAAACUCUCCACUAGGUACGGUCGUGCUUACAGUAAGUGCUACUGAUGCAGAUGAGGGACUAAAUGGAGAUGUUACAUAUGAUUUUGGACACAUUUCAGAGGAUGUUAAGUCAAUGUUUACAAUAGAUCACAAGACAGGCGGUAUAAAAUUGAUGACUGCGAUUGAUUUUGAAUCAGUGUCAUCAUUUGAGCUGCGUGUCACAGCAAAAGAUGGUUUGGGAUUAACUUCUUAUGCCAAAGUCAUUAUAGAUGUUACUGAUGUGAAUGAUAACGCCCCGGUUAUAUAUCUAAAAUCACUCAACAGUCCCAUACCUGAGAAUGUGUCACCUGGUACAGAGGUGGGCAUCAUUAACGUGCAGGACAGAGACUCUGAGAAUAACCGACAGGUCCGCUGCUCCAUUCAGCAAAACGUCCCUUUUAAGUUGGUUCCUUCUAUUAAAAACUACUAUUCUCUGGUGACUACAGGACAACUGGACCGUGAACUAGUGUCUGAUUACAACAUUACAAUCACCGCCAGUGACGAAGGCUCUCCACCUCUGUCCUCCUCUAAAACUGUUCAGUUAUCUGUAGCAGACAUCAACGACAACCCACCUGUGUUUGAGGAACAGUCCUACAGCGCAUAUGUGACUGAAAAUAACAAACCUGGCUCCACUCUAUCUUCCGUUACUGCUCGAGACCCUGACUGGCGACAAAACGGCACAGUGAUUUAUUCUCUGUUACCUGGUGAGGUGAACGGAGCCCCGGUGUCCUCCUAUGUAUCUGUUAACGGAGACACGGGGGUGAUCCACGCUGUGAGGUCGUUUGAUUAUGAACAGUUCCGGAGUUUUAAAGUCCACGUGAUGGCCAGAGACAACGGUUCUCCUCCGCUCAGCAGCAACGUGACCGUCAGUGUGUUCAUAUCGGAUGUGAAUGACAACUCUCCUCAGAUACUGUACCCCGCCCCGGAGGGCAACUCCUUCAUGACCGAGCUGGUCCCCAAAGCUGCACACGGAGGCUCUCUGGUGUCCAAAGUGAUAGCGGUGGACGCGGACUCCGGACAGAACGCCUGGCUGUCCUAUCAUAUAGUCAAAUCCACUGAUCCGGGACUUUUCAGUAUUGGUCUCCACAGCGGAGAGAUCAGGACACAGCGGGACAUUUCUGAAUCUGACAGCAUGAAACAGAACCUUAUUGUGUCCGUGAAAGAUAACGGACAGCCCUCUCUCUCUGCCACCUGUUCCAUGUAUUUACUUAUUUCUGAUAACUUGGCUGAGGUCCCAGAACUGAAGGAUAUUUCUUAUGAUGAGAAGAAUUCCAAGCUGACCUCUUAUCUGAUCAUCGCGCUGGUGUCUGUGUCCACCUUUUUUCUGACCUUCAUUAUCAUCAUCCUGGGUGUGAGGUUUUGUCGCAGGAGAAAGCCCAGACUGUUGUUCGAUGGAGCAGUUGCCAUCCCCAGCGCUUAUCUCCCUCCUAAUUACGCAGAUGUUGACGGCACAGGAACUUUACGCAGCACUUAUAAUUAUGACGCCUACUUGACAACAGGAUCUAGAACCAGUGACUUUAAGUUCGUGACAUCUUACAAUGACAACACUCUGCCUGCUGACCAGACUCUGAGGAAAAGUCCAUCAGACUUUGCUGAGGUGUUUGGGGAUUGUGAUCGCUCUCCUGAGACCAGCUAA